UGACUCAAAAGUCAUGUGUUAUUGUUGUUGUCAUACAAACCAUGAGAUGAUUAUCACUUGAAUUGGCUUUCAUUGGUCUUAAUGGUGUUUAAUCACCAAUUGAUCCCAAGUUAUCUCAUGUUCAAUACGUGUAACGCAUUCGCCAGAGUAUUGCCACUGAAGACAUUACCGGUUAAGACUGUUUGCAAUGUCUUAAGGUGUUUGUCAAACGCGACUUCAAAUCGGGAUCAGCUAUCUGUGACCACCAAUGUCUACACAUCAUAUUUGGACUCAAAUAGUCAACAAACGUUGGAUUUGAUUAAAGACUCAUUUAAAGUGAUCGACGAUUUCGUCACCGAAGAUGAAGAACAAAGUUUGUUCAAAGAGAUCGAGCCGUACGUCAAGAGAUUGAGGUAUGAGACCAGUCAUUGGGACGACGCUAUCCAUGAGUACAGAGAAACAGAGAGAAGUAAAUGGACUCAAGAAAAUCAACGUAUUAUCGAUAGAGUCCGCAAUACUGCGUUUCCCGCGGGAGUGGCGCCCAUCCGGUCAGUGCAUGUCCUCGAUUUGGCCAAAACGGGUGUCAUUAAAGCGCAUGUCGAUGCUGUCAGAUUCUGCGGCGAUACCAUUGCCGGUAUAUCACUGUUGUCUUCGUCGGUCAUGAGAUUAGCGGAUGAAACAGAUAAUACAGUCUUCGUCGACGCACUUAUUAAGCGGAGAUCACUCUAUAUUAUGUCAGGUAUUGCUAGAUAUAAGUUUACUCACGAAAUACUUGGCCAACAAAUGUCGGUAUUCAAGGGUCAAGCGAUUCCAAGAGAUAGACGUAUUUCAGUGAUUUGUCGCAAUCAACCCGAUUAUAGUCAACGAGAAGAUAUGAAUGACAAUAAUUAUCAGAUUAGAUAA